AUGCAAAAAGAAAGAGUGGCAUCUGAAAUUGGUAUUGAUGAAACUAAACCAGGAAAAGAGUUGAAUCAAGAGAUUUCUCUUAUUCAAGUUGGAGAUAAAGUUGUUGCGGUAGUUAAAUAUGUCAAAGAUGAAGGGUCUAAUUUAUCUAACCGUAAUCAAGCAAAGGGUAUUUUGUCAUAUUUCAAGACACUUGAUUUCAUGUUUCUUUUACACUUGAUGUUGGAAACUCUAUGCCUCACAGAUACCUUAUCAAAGCAUCUUCAAAAAAAAGAUCAAAAUAUUCUGGAAGUGGCUUCAUUACUAAAACCGACAAAGAAAGCAUUGCUGAAUAUUGGAAUUGUGGGCAUGUCGGAAUAUUAUGUUACCCUAUGCAAGCGUAGGACCAAUAAGACUAAUCAACAUCAUUUUGAAGUUGUGAUUUUUAACACAAUUUUGGAUAUGCAAAUUCAAGAAUUUAGGGAUCGAUUUAGUGAAGUUGGCACGAAGUUGAUGGAGAACAUAGCGACUUUGAGUCCUUGUGACUCAUUUUCUAGUUUUGAUAAAACAAAGUUGUUAAAAUUAAGCGAGAUAUACAAAAACGAUUUUGACGAUUCAGAAAUGGCGCAACUUAAUGGGCAACUUGAUAUCUAUUAUCAUUCUUUGCUCCAUGAUGUGAGAUUUUUCAACUUGAAGGGAAUUGCGAACCUCUCUCGUUUGUUGGUGGAAACCGAAAAGCACCUCUCUUUUCCUUUGGUUUAUAGAUUAUUAAAACUAACUUUGGUUUUGCCCGUUGCAACUGCAAUCGUUGAACGGUGUUUUUCUACAAUGAAGUUCUUGACCAAUUUGCGUAAUAAAAUAGAUGACGAUUUUAUGAAUGAUGCUUUCAUUUGUAGUGUAGAAAAGAAAACACUAGAGAAUGUUAAGAUGAAAAUGAUACCCCUUUACUUUGACCCUGGCUCCACCACUGCGGUUAUAAGAACUGUACAGUUUAACAAGUUGAAGAGGAUUUUUUGA